UCGGGGCGGAAGGGCGGGGCCGUCGUCAGGGACGCCGAGGGGCCGCUAGGUUUCCAGGAAGUGACGUCAGGCGGCCGUGGCGAUGGAGGACGUGCUGGACCUGGGCGAGGAGCGGCGCCGUGGCCCGGCCACCUCCGAGCCCAAGAUGGGUCGCCGAGCUCAGCAGGAGUCAGCUCAAGCCGAGAAUAACCUCAGUGGCAAGAAUUCUUCGAUUCUGAUUGGAGAGGAUCCCCCUCCCAAACCACCCCGCCGCAGGCAAGGAGGCUGGGCCGAUGAUUCCAUGAAGGCUUCCAAGUCAGGAAGGAGGGCUUUUGAAGACGCAGAAGAUCAUCGCCUCAGACCAAAGAGCCUGGAUGGAUCAGAUGACGGAGGAGAUAUUCCUGUCAUUCCGGAUCUGGAAGAAGUUCAGGAAGAAGACUUUGUGUUGCAGGUGGCAGCCCCUCCCAGCGUCCAGGUAAACCGGGUGAUGACCUACCGUGACCUGGACAAUGACCUCAUGAAGUGCGCAGCCUUUCAGACCCUGGAUGGAGUGAUCGACUUGAAGCUCCUCACCAAAGUACUUGCGCCAGAACAGGAAGUUCGGGAAGAGGACGUCGGCUGGGACUGGGACCAUCUGUACACUGAGGUGUCCUCAGAGCUUCUCACCGAGUGAGACCUGCUGCAGGCACAGGAGGAGGACCCCGUGGGACAGUCUGCACACACCUGAGCCCUUGGGGCAACAGACCACUCUCUGCACAGAAUAACCUCCGCUUUGGACUUUUUAAAGUCCACUUUGGACUUUUUAAAAAAUUCAAUAAGCCUAAAACUAAAAAAGCUUGCAAAGAGCUUAGAAUUUUCAUAUGGAAUAUUUUGUAAUAAAAAUACUUAUUUUCAGGAGACUGCAUUGAUCUUUCAGUUGUAAUAAAUUGCUUUUUUCUUUUAAAA